AUGAACGGUCAAAAUUCAAACGGUUCAGUUCCGCAGCUUUUGUCGGCUGAUCAACAAUUUUAUCAUCAUCAUCAACAACAACAGCAGCAGCAGUUACAGAAUCCUCGGCAAGUCCCAGUGGUUUCUCAGUAUCAACCUCAGUUCCAGCAUCAACCAUUAGAUUCUUAUCCACAUUAUCAGCAACAACCUCUCCCUCCUCCUCUCCAGUCAAACUUCCCUAUACAAGAACCUCCAACUUCUCAAAGAAACAAUCAUAUAAUACCUGCUCAAAAUGGAAUUUCAUCAACUUAUCCUGGCCAAGUAACGUUACCAUCACAGCAUAACCCGAGUCCUGAUUCUUCUUCAACCCCAGUGCCCACCAUGGUCCCCGUGACUCUCCCCUCCCAUGUUGGUGUGAUUUCAGCAACACCUGGUUCUUCUCAACUAUCAAAUCAAUCUCCUCCAGCUUUAUCUUCUACUGCUUCAACAUCAUCAUCAUCAUCUUCUUCUUCUUCUUCUUCUUCUUCUUCUGCGAGACCUUCCAAAUCAUCCUCUAGUCGUAAGACUAAUUCAUCCUCGUCUUCAACCCCCACAGGAAAUCCACGUGUUUCUCAACGAAUUCCAAAAUCAUGCACUGGCUGUGCUAAAAGGAAAAUCAAAUGUAACAAGGAAAUCCCGUGCAAACCUUGUCUGGACCGCGGAGAAGGCCAUUUAUGUGCCCGAGAAGUUGUUGUUGUCAAGGGUCUUCUUCGGAACCUCGACGCACAUGGCAAUGCUAUCACAACACCCGGUGCUACUACCACUACCACAACUAUUACCACCACCACCACUACCAGCAGUAAUGGCAUUCAGGGUCCUAUUGGACCCUCUUCGAAUAGUAACAAUAAUUCUGCUAUCAAUACUGUUAGAAAAGAAACUUCCACCCAAUUCAUGCUACACCAACAACAACAGCAACAGCAACAGCAACAACAGCAAUUCCAACAACAACAACAACAACCUUUCAACCAACCUCCGCAACAAAUACAACAAUUCACUCAAGUACCGCAACAGGUCCUCCCUUCUCAACAACCCCCAAACAUUCAGCAACACCAGGAUUUCGAUCUUUCACCCGAUCAGCAGCCUUCUCUUCCGGUACAACAACAACAACAAACUCCAUAUACCACCUCCGAGUACCAGCAGCCUGCAGUAAUUAUCGAAUACUCACCUUCUGAAUCGUCGAUAUCGCCACCUGCACCAAAUCCAAUCGAUAACGCAACCUUCCAGGACUUUACAGAUGCAUACAGAGUUAAACCAAAAGUUGAGGAACCACAACCACAUUUGUCACAGCCUCAGCAAAACAUCCAGCAACCAAUAACAAACUCAUCCAGCAACCAACAACAACCAUCUCUUGCUUCAACACAGCUAAAACUAAAAACUCUUGAAAAUGAAAAUAAAGACCUAAUGAACCAAGUGGCCUGGCUUCAACACCUGGUCGCAAAUAUGCAUAUCUCUUCCGCAUCAAACAAUGUUACCUCGACUUCCUCCCCUACUCAAUACAAUACAAACUUUGGGUCCACAAUGAGCCAGAGCCCCACUCAUCUUUCUCCAUUUAGCAACACCUCGACGUCCAAAUCUAAUUCUCCCGAAGAGUCAAUCAGCUACGAGACCCCUCACUCAACGGCUGCACUGCCGACUCUGCCAGCACUAGAAAAUAGACAUGCCAUGCCUAACUCGCCUCCAGGGCCGCUCGCAAACAAUACCCCCAUUUCGUCAACAGCAACGGCCGUAAACAAUACUUAUGCUGAUGUCAUCCAAGCCAUCACUGUUGGAAUAGUAGGUGAUGAUGACUCGGUCACAAAAUCCAAAUCUUCUGACAUCACCAGAGCUGAAAAUAAUCCAAAAACUAUGUCUAAUGGGAAAUCUACCAAACGUGCAAAAGUCCCACAAUGCCAAAGCAGCUGCUGCUCAAGCCAUGACCAUGGAUCCUCUAACAAUCAUCAAUCGUUUGAUAACUUUGUUCCUGCGCUUUCAAGGAAACCCCUCACCAUGCGCGAUAACCAACUUUCAUGUCCGUCUUGUUCCGUCGGAGAAAUGAGCCACUGCUUUGCUGCACGGUUGCCAUUUUCAGAUGAAUCCCAAGUUUCCAAAAUCCUAUACUCCCUGGCCUACGACAUGGCUCCAAUUUCACAAAAAACAUCCACAGUGCUAGUUAACCAUGCGCUUGAAAACCUUAACUUUAUGCACUCGGCUAUCCAUCCUCCCUCUUUCUAUCUCGAGCACGAGUACUUUUGGAGUAAAUACAAUAGCGACGAUCCUGAGUCUCUCUUUUUAAACCCAAAGUUUGAUAAAAACAGAGGACAAUACCUGUGGUUAGCCCAAUGGUACGCCGUCAUGUGUCUUGGUUGCUUCUUUGCAGAUAGGAAACUAGGAAGAGCUGCAGGACUCGACCCUAAACUGUUGCAGGUUUUACCCCACAAACUUUUUGCCGCUUCGUUUGAGUGUCUCCAUCGUGGCGAAGUUUUCAAAUACCCAGAUAUUAGAGCCCUACAAGUCCUUGCUGUUCUGGGUCCCUGUUUCCAGGCCUUUGGCGCAAUCAAUAUGCGCAACGCAUAUCUCAAUACCUCCAUAUAUAUUGCUCAAAGAUUAAACAUUGACAAGCUUGACGAUGAGGCCAUUCUCAAUCUGCAAAUGCGAUCAGAUUUUACAGACCCUGACUCUUCAACACGUUUCUUAGAUAGAGAAAUGGGCCGCCGCAUUUGGUGGGCAACUGUUAUUGCCGAUUGGUCCGAUAACACUGGCCGGUAUUCAGUAAUUCACCCGUCUUCAUUCACAACCGUUUUUCCUGCAAACCUUGAUGACCAAGCAUUGCUGGAACUUUCAGAUGACUAUAAAGACUCAAAUGCUGCUAGCAAACCCCAAAAUGGUCGCCCGUUACCAUAUACACAAGCAAAACCAAUAUCUGAACAUACAUCAGUCUCAUUCCAAUUGAUUCAAGCAAAACUGGCUCAAACAAAACGAUUUUAUUAUGCUAAUCCCAGCCAACAAGUUCUUGCAAAUCUCGAACAAGCAAACAAUGAACUCAAUAUCCUUGAAGCAUCUAUUCCCUGGGCAAUAUUCCCGGAACGAAGCUUCAAUGCAGGCGCCCCAGUCAAUCCACACUGCUCAGAAAUGUCCCUGCGAUUCCAGCGAUACUUGAUUGAAAUCUCAAUCCAUUUCGAGCGCCUCACAAUCAAUCGCAUCAUGUCCAUCUACAUGCCACAAACCGAAUGGAACAAGUCGUGUCGAGCAGUAUGCUUGGAAAGUGCGCGCAGGAUUCUAGCUGCAGCUGCCAUUCCUGCUUCUCCAGCUAUCCCCUUUGAGUUUAAAAAGCACCCCUCAGUCACAGGCAACGCCAUUGCUGCUGCGGUCUACGUGCUGCUCGAUUUGCUGGACCUUAGCCAUAGACAGCGCAUUUAUGCGAAAUCACAACGCACACAGCAUCACUAUUUCGAUGCUACUGAUGGAAUCAGCCCUCCAUCUACCUCUUCAGGCAACCACCAACCUCAUAAACCUCGGCCUGUUGGUCUUGAUCCCGAGGUCAUCAAAGAGCGUCUUUGUUGGGUCGAAGAGUUUUUGCCUGUGCUAGAAAAGUUACAGGCUCUGCAUCCACAGGCCAAGCGCGGUGCAGGGAUAAUCCGCAAGCUCAUUGCAAGUGUACAUGGAAAUCGUCUUGAAAAUAACGUUUCAAAGAAACGCACUAAAGGUCGCCCCCGUCGUCGUUACAAGGUUGGCGAACGAUGGUAUAAUAGCGACAAUGAGACGGAUGAGGAGGGUGAUACCGAUUUAAGUGGAAAUACAAGCUCUAAAAAUGGCUAUGGAAAUGGCAACAACCACGAUGGUGAUGGUGAUGACGAUGAUGAUGAUGAUGAUGACACUGAUGACCGGCCUCCAACACUUUACGAGAUUGUCCAGCGGCUAUCAAUCCUGCCGCUGGUCAGUGCGGCACCUUCUCGAAGCAGGAUGAGCCAGAAUAUGCCGCCGCAGCGUUCUAACACCCGGAAUCAAACUUAUCAGUCUGGCCAGGCUCUGUCCAACCCUGUAACGCGAGCCCCGCUUCCUGCACCAAAUUCUGUGCAAGCGACAAAUAACUUGAUAAAUGGGCAACAACCAUAUGUGUCCGCUCAACCACCACCACAGUUGCAGUCGCAGCACCAGCAGCAACAAGUUUUCUCAAGCACGCUGCCACAAAAUCAAAUCCCCGGACAGUACUAUCCUCAACAGGCACAUAAACAUCAUUAUUCCCAGCCUGCAGGCAUCGCCCCAUUGCCUCAAGCCUCCACUCCUUAUACACCCCAGAACUAUGUUCCCCAAACCAAUAUCACUCAUCAGCAAGGUACCAAUGGGGUUAUUUCUGGAACCAAUAUCCGAACAUACCACAUGGCAGACACGCCGUACGGUAGCGGGCCCACGCCACUGCAGCACCAGCCUCAGCAGCCAUACCAGCAGCCAGGAGCCUUUGACACACAAGCACAAAACCUUAGCCAGGUGCUACCGUACAUGUCUGCAAACAUGCCGGGUGCUUUGCCUGCCGUGUCUCUGGGGCCUGCCCCGCAGCAGCAGCAGCAGCAGCAGCAGCAGCAGCAGCAACAUCAUCACCAACAACAACAACAACAACAGCAGCAGGCAUUGCCAACGCAAAACGGAUCCCAAUUUGCGCAUCACCAGGCCCAGCAGCAGGUGCAGUACGCACAAGCGGCGUCUGCAACUGGUAUCCCACAGCGCACCGGCAUGUCCAGAUCUCAAGGCCCAGGAGUACCUCAGGGCCCAGGCGGACCUGCAAUUGUUACUGUGACUGCGGCAUCUGGAGUAAUGUCAGGCGUUGCUACAGCUACCGGACUUCCAAAGCCUGUUCCGUUUAGCCACACGGACGUGACGACUGAAGACUUGGAAAUUAUGUGUGGGCUCAAUAAUCAGGAUUGGUCAAGUUCGCUGAGUAACUUUAAUGGUGAUUUUGAUUUCUCGCUCUCGACGCUUAACCAGCCCCCUAAAGACUGUCCGGAUGAUGUUGAACCAUUUUGA